AUGUAGGUUUUGAUAUUGAAAUGGAAUGGAGCAAUCAACACAAUGAAUUGUCAGAGUUGAUUAUUGGAAUGACAAAAAACGACAAGAAUCAAGAUCAAGAACUCGGGUUUUAAGGUUGCUACCACGCUCGACCUUUGUCAUUGCUAGUGUCUGGUCAGAGCAGCGAUGAUAGCUAGACGCCGGGAUGUCAGGUGGUUUCUGUGAGCUUCUGUGGCGUAGAUUUAUGUUUCCCGCUGUGUCUUCUCUAUUGUUGCCUUGCUUCCCAAGUUUUGGGGUGCUGCUGCCACCGCGCUGGAUGUUGUUGCCACUACCACCAAUGAUUGCUACUACUUAUCGGUGUUCCUACUGUGCAACUACUGGUAGUGGCAGUGAAGGCAGGAGAGGGGCUUCUAUUGUGUGAGAAGGUUCGACAAUUUGUGUGGAGCAUCAAGAAUAAUCUAUUUAAUUGUAAUUUGUUAUGUUAUGAUGUUUGAUUGCAUGACGGUAAUCGUUGGAACUCCGUUCCCCAUAGGUCACUAUUUUUUUAAAAUUGAAUAUGUUUGUGUUGUGAAGCUUAUUGGUGAUAAUUGUGUAGUGAAUUGAGAUUGUGAAAUAGGCCACCUUGUAUAUUUUGGGGGAGAAGAGGUUCAAAAUAGCUUGGGCAUUUGUCUUUUGUCAAAAAAUUCCAAAGGGGAAGAUUCUUAGGGGCUGUUUGGCAACUUCUGAAUAGGUAAGUGCUGAACCAGUAAGAGGUCUGAACCAUUAAGUGCUGAACCAGUAAGAGGUCUGAACCAUUAAGAGCUAGUAUAUUGCUUAACUAUUCAGAGGCAAAUGUCUGAUCAAUUCAGAUAAGAGGUCUUAACCAUUCAGACUCUGUAUAAUAUUUAACCAUUCAGAGGCAAAUCUCUUAACCAUUCAGACAUUUGAACUAUUAAGAGGCUGAAACAAACAGUCUGAAUCAUUAAGUGUUGAACCAUUCAGACAUCUGAACCAUUAAGAGGCUGAAACAAACAGCCCCUUAGUUCCAUGUGUUUUCCUCCUUAUGAGAUGUUUAGUUGAGUACUUGUAAACUCUUAUCGGCAUUGAUGUAUUUAUGACUAGCUAUUCUACUUGAAUAUAGAGUUGUAGCAUCAUAUUCAUGCAUCAUCAUGUGGUUUGAACAUGUGUUGUGUCACUUGGUCCAACAUGUGCUGUCAACAGUCGUACCUUGAAGGAGUUUCUUAUAAAAUUGGAGUCUAACGCUCAUUAUUAUUAUUCUAGAAAAAGGGUUCUACUAGCAGUGUGAUUUGUUUUACACUCCACAUGCGCAAGCUUUGCUGGUGGAAUACACCAUUUGAACUCCUGAGGUUACUUGAACUCUUGUCUCUCCUGGUAAGCAAGUUUUGCAGAAUAGUUAGUCUGGACGCACGAAUCCCACACGAACUCUACUAGGAUUAUGUACUUGAUUAUACAGCCAGCAUCUCUUCUCAUGAACUGUGGUGCACAAAUACAGAGACAAGAUCGUUGAGCGAGCCAACCAAGAAGGAUCGGAGUUCACUACGUUUACAAAAAUCACGCCGUCUUUAUCACUACUUGCGUGAGGUCUCAAAUCUCAGUUUUACAUUCAUAAAACUCGGAGAUCCUGUAUUAACAUUUGGAACAUGUGUUCGAUCUGAAAUCUGGAAGUUGAUAUUUGUUGUUCCGAAACUAGGUUCAUAGCACGUCGCUUGAAGAAGAUGGCGUGACAAGCCAGGGAUCGGAGUUAGACGCAAUCAAAGUUUUACUUCAAA